AUGUCAGACUGCAGACUGGACUACAUCAAGCUACUUCAACAGGAAGUCGACAGGAAUACUGAUAGGCUGGUGGAUGUGGAGAAGGAGGAGAAGCGGGAGGAGGCCUCUCCACCCUGUAGGCCCCUCCCACUACCCUGCCCCAUCCCCAGGAGGCUGGUCAUCUCCCCAAGCCUGGGAGGAACGCCGGUCACCCCCCACCUGGUCAAGUGCCUCCGGAGGAUUUUGUUUGGAGGAACGUUUCACAUCUUCAGCUAUGAGUGGAGGAAAUCCUCUUUUCAGUUCAGAGAGCCCAACUCAGAGUUUUCCUACGUUCUGGAGACUGACAGGGGCGGGGCUCAGGCCAUUCAGAUGGCUGUCCAGGCUCGCAUCAUCAGACAUCUGCUGUUCACCUGUCGGAGCGGCUCAGAGGGACAGACGCUGAACAGUCUGAGCGAAGUUGGCCAGAGGGAUCAGGAGAAGGUGUUGGCAGCAGCGUUGUCUGACAGCCUCUGGUUGGCCGGCCAGGAGGUCAGUGCCACGGUCACCUUGGUAACCGAAGACUACUGCAUCACUCCUCAGCUGGACUACAAGCUGGACAACUUCACAGAGAGGUUGCAGCUUUUCACGUUUAACGAGAGAGAAGACGUCAGGAGGUUCAUCCUGGAGCACAUUCAUUGUUUUAAGGAGGAGGGGAGUCACGGAGUCAUCUUGUUCCUGUACAGCCUCAUCUGCUCCCGGACAGUCGACAGGCUGAGGGAGGAUCUGGACUCAACCACCUCCCACCUGCUUCACCUCAGUUUGGGCGACUUCGUCUGUUGUCAGGCUUUGCUGAACCUGCUGCUAACAGGCAGAGGCAGUCCUCACGUCUUCAACGGGAUGCGGUACUCCCAGGAGGACGAUCUGCCUCUGGAGCGCCGUCUGCAGGGCGUCCUGGCCCGCUCUGAUGUGGGUUAUCUGCACUGGAGCCGAGAGCAGAUGGAGAGAGGCACACUGCCGCAGGUGGGCAGCAUGCUGAAGACGCCCAGGUUUCCAGUCUGGCUCUGCUGCAUUAAUGGCAGCUUCUCGGUCUUGUUCAGCCUGAACCGCACACUGCUGUCCAACUGGAAGGUGGAGCAGAUGUUCCAACUGUACUACUAUCACGGCCAGAGCUCCCAGAAGACCCCUGCCAGACUGACUGUUGAUACGCACUCCCACCACUGGGAGGUGAAGUCCACAGAUUCAGGGGGAGAUCCGGAGACGAGGUAUCAUCCACUGGAGAUGACCAUCAGGACCAAGUGGGCCGGCGCUACCAUCGACUGGAACGGCACUGCACCUCUCUACUGAGUAACUAAAGGCCACAGUUUCACCUGGACAACAAACCGACCUGGGAAACUGGAUCCAACCCGGAUUGUGAGUAGAAAGCUGCAGAGCCCUGCU